GUACUUAUGUCUGAUUUUGAAGUAGUGGUAAACACGCUGCAAUCAUUUUCAUUGGGUACCAUUUUAAAGAUGUGAUUCUGAAGAUUGGAAAGAUGUUCUGAUUAUCGUGGCACAAGUUCGAGGAGAGAAUCUACGGCUUAUGAAAAGAACAACACUUUUGUGCUAUGUAAUUUGUUGCAAUAUAGAACAUAUGUGUCUUAUUUAUUUCGUCGAAUUGUUGAGUUUAUGCUAAUUUAUGCAAACGUCAUUUUAAGAAUUUCACGGUUUAAAACCUUUGUCGUAUCCUGUGUUUGCGUCUUUCUUGACUGACCGUUGAAUCGUUGAUGUCAACGGUUUUCCUGUAUUAUCGAAGCAAUUAUUACUUUUGCGAGAAAAGUUAAUUCAGGAUUAUAUUUAAAUCUUUUGUGCUCUUCUCGUUUUCGUGUAACGCUAAAUGAUGAAGCGCACUGUUGGUCGUCCAUCGAAAUACACGUUUGACGUGAAUGCAAUUGUUGCAGCUAUGUCAAAUGUGUCUGGCGACCAAAACGAUUCUUACAGAAAGUCAAAUAGCUUCUGGGGGAAAAUUUUAGUUGAACUUGGGAUUAGAAACAAAUUGCUUGCACGGAGAAACCUAUAUCUUCGCUGGCACGAUAACCGGAAUGGCAUGCGAUCUGCAAUCGAGCAUGGGCGAUUAGAGUUAUCAAAUGCUGAAGAUCUGUUAGCUAGCCAUGACAAUAAAUAUAAUGAUAAUGCGCAUCACCCGUCGUCGGGUCGCGAGUUUUUGCCAUUUUUAGAGUCCCGACCAUUUAACACUCAUAGUGGUGAAUGCGCAGGAAACGACCAUUAUGAUUUUGGCCAAUCAGCGACUGACAGUGAUGAGGCUAGCGAGGAAUUCGACAUGGUCACUACCCAGAAGCAUUUAACUGGAGAUAUUCAUUACACUAAAGAAAGUGAACAUGGAGAUGCAUCUUCCAUUAAACAAGAUUCAAAAAGAAGUUUCAAGCAGACACACCAACAAUGUGGUCAAAACCUUAGCACAAUCCAAUAA